GCUGAUCAAGUCUAUUGAAUUUCAUGAAAUGGCAACUAACCAAUUAUGUAUGUGGAUCGGAUACUUAGCAUAUAAUCGCAAUCAACUUUAUGAACUGAUCUCACCUACUUAAUCAAUAAGUAAUAAAUGUCAACUAGAAAUCUAGCGAUCAGGCACACGCGUGUUUGAAUUACUGGCAAUGUUUGAUAAGAAAGUGAUUUGCAGAGUUUUUAUGCCAGGCAAUGGUUGAUUUUGGAAACCGAUUGGGCAAGGACAAGGCCGUGAAACCCCUUAGCACCUCAUAUCCCAAUAUGUAUCUACUGUUCCCCAGCAGCGAUCGGAAAUAUUCGUAUUAUAAUCUUGAAUUAUAAAUUUGCAUGUUUAAAACGAUACGGUUGUUGUUUACUUCAGAUGUAUGCAGAUGGAAUACUUUGUCGGCCGAAUCGUUAGCCAUCGAUAAGAUAAUCGCACUUCGACCCCCAUAAUAUGCAAAAACAAAACAUUCUUGAAUGAUGUUAAUCAAAAUUAUAAAAUACCUGAUUAUAUUGGAAGCCAUUUCCGAUGUUGCACAGUCACGUUAACGUACAAAAAAUGGGCUAAUCAAAAGUGCCCAUAUAUUACUAAUCCUUAUCGCAGACCAGCACCAGACAUCGCUUAUAAAAAGGGUUGCUCUAGUCCGGAUGCCAAUUAUUCGGUAGUUGAACGUCCACAGAGAUGGGCAAAGUCUCAGUAAUAACACUUAUUCUUGGCCUGGGCGUAACCAGUGCCCUUGGUUUUGGCCCGGAAAUAAAUCCAGGCAUCGAACUAGAUGCACAGGACUACCAGCGUCUGAACAAAGUUCGUCAUUUGUCGGAGCAGAUUUUUGGUCAUUACAAAAAUGUUACUUUGGAUGACUUGGUGCCCGAAGGACGACUUCCCACAGUCUCAGAUCUUCAGUGCUAUGCGGACUUUGCUCAGCUCACCGCCGGAUUGACCAGUGGCAGCCUUUGGGCCUACAGAAUGAUUGACGCCUGGGGAUCUAUACCGGCUGGCAUCCUGGAGGGACAUCUCAAGGAUCUGGGUCACUACGACGAGUGCAUUGGCAUCGAACAGUCCGCGGUAUCGGGCUCGACUAUCCUGGGAAAGUACUGCCUGGCCAGUCUGCCGCUGCAGCAACUGCUGGGAAACGUUGGCAGGAUGUUGAAUGUCCAGACGGCGGUUUGUUUUCCCGCUUCCUGCUCGGCCACCAAUAUGGACACACUUCUGCGACGAGUCCUGAAGCAAUUGGUUGGCUUGGAACUCAAUGCCAACCAGAAUUUGGUCAGUGAAAACUCCUGCAAGACUUCCGAGCGUGAUGCCUACGAUGGAGGUGCCAUUGCCGCAAUCGUUAUUUUAUCCGUGUUCGGAGCCGCAGUGAUUAUUUCCACAUUUUACGACUACUUCCUGUGUGAGGAUCAAAAUAAACUGCCUGCUGUUCUGAAGGUUUUCUCUGCACGUGCUAACUCACGAUCGCUAUUCCGCAUCACCACCAAACCCAACCCCAAUGUGAUUGAGUGCCUCCAUGGAUUGCGAGGAAUGUCCUUGAUCUGGGUGUGCUUCGGUCACGACUAUAUCAUUGCCAUCACAUCGCCGAACAUCAACCUUUACGACGUGUACACUUGGGCCAAGACACCGUUUAAAGAAGUAAUUCAGGAGGGCGUUUUUGCAGUGGACUCAUUUUUCUUCAUAAGCGGACUCCUGGUUGCGAUGGUGGCCUUGCGUUCGAUGGAAAAGGCCAAGGGAAAGCUGAAUAUUCCACUGAUGUACCUCCAUCGCUAUCUUCGCCUAACGCCCAUCGUGGCAGUAUCAAUAUUGCUCUACUGGAAGUUACUGCCCCAUUUGGGCGACGGUCCGCUGUACGGCAACUGGAACUUUGAUAGCUACGAUAGGUGCGAAGGUAACUGGUAUUGGACCCUGCUCUACAUUCAGAACUACGCCACCGAUUCCGAGUGUCUGGCUCAAACAUGGUACCUGGCCAUCGAUAUGCAACUGUAUAUCAUUUCACCCAUCCUCCUGAUUAUUGUGUACAAGUGGGGCAAGAAAGGAGCGGCAGUCGUUCUGCUGCUUUUGUUGGGUCUCGCUGCCUACUUAUUCAGCAUUAUAGUGAUUAACAAUUACUCUUUGGUCAGCGGCGGUGGUGGUGGCGGACCAGAUGAUUACUCUGAAGACCUCGAUCACUAUACCCACAACCGGGCUUCCGGUUGGUUAGUUGGUUUCCUGUUUGGUUACUUCCUGCAUACGAUCCGUGGAAAGACGAUCAAGCUAAAUCGACCUGCUGUCUGGGUUGGCUGGAUCACCUGUUUGGCCCUUCUAUUUACCUGCAUUUUUGCGAUGUAUCCUUAUGGAAUGGGCAAGACCAAAACCCUUCCCUCCGUUAAUGAGGCCUUCUACGUAUCGCUUUCCCGGAUCGCCUGGCCUUUGGGUCUGAGUUGGGUGGUCUUUGCCUGCAUGCAAGGAUAUGGUGGAUUGGCCAACUCCUUCCUCACAUCACCAUUGUGGCAGCCCCUGUCCAAGCUCUCGUUCUGCGUCUACAUGGGCCAUCUGUUCAUCCAGAACCUUAAUGGUGGGCGCACGAGGGUGAACACCUACUUCUCAAACUACGACAUUAUGCUCCGUUUUUGGCAAGACUUUGGGUUCUCGGUCCUCCUCGCUUAUGUCAUGUACAUUUUGAUCGAAGCUCCUUGCGGCGGUCUGGAGACUCUGAUCCUGCCGAACCGAAGACCAGCUUCCCAGCCUAAGGUGCAGGCUGCUGAGGCAUCUAAAGAGGAAAUCCCAUCACCUGUUGACCUCGAAAAGCAAGCUCCAGAAUCCAGUUCUGCCAUCGAUCCUGCAAAUGACAGCACAUUGGCAACAGCUCCUCCACUAGAAAGCAAAACUCAACUGCAGACUAGCGAAGGAAACGAAACUUCUUAGGCAAAUUGAACGAACAAAAUUAAUAUAGAAUAUUAUUUAUACUUACAUGUAGUAUUAAAAAUAAAACAAUGAAAAGUUUAUUUUAAUUAAAA